AUGAUUUCCAAGAGUAAAGAAGAACAAAAGAAAUAUCAAAACAUUAUAACCGAAAAGUUAAGGGAGUUAUUGGGUGAAUAUGAAGUCGAUAUAUUAACUGAGUAUGUGUGGCACAUGGCAGGAAAUGUCAAAACAAGCAGUGAGUUUAUGUGCAACGAACUCAAAGAUUUUCUCGGGGAUCAUACUACUGUUUUUGUGAACUGGUUAAUGAAACUUAUGAAUGACAUAAAGAAACAGAAAAAAAUUGACAGUAGUACAAAAAAUGAAAAAGCCAUAAAGUCUGGAAGUACUAGAGAUAGACAACUUGAUGAACUAUCGAGGUCUAACAAAAGCAGAGACACCAAUACAAGGCAUUCAAUUACGCAUAGCAAAAAAACGAAAGAUUAUGUUAGGGAUUAUGAUACAAACAGAAGAGAUUUGUCUGCUUGUAAAAGAAGAUCAAGAAGCUAUCUAAGUAGAAGUAGUAAGAAUUCUUAUAAUAAUGAAAAAGAAUCUUUUGCAAAGAGGGUUAGCAGAAAAAGGUUUAGGAGAGGAAUGAGUAUUAGAUCAAGUUCAUCAAGUGCUGAUGCUAGGAAGUUUCAUUAUGAUAAAAAUAAAAUAAGAACAAAAAAAAACGAUAAAGGAGCAGAUAUAGAUAGAACAAAGUUUAAAGAUAAAUAUCGAAAAGUUGGUAGAAGUACAAGUCGAUCCUUUACGCCCAGUCGAGUCAUUUAUGUGGAAAAGGAUAACGAAAAAAAAGAAAGAAAGAAUGAAAUGCUUCUGGAGAGUGAAAAAAAUAAGAGCGAACCUGAAGAAAGGAAAUUAAAUGACAAUACCGAUGAAUGUAAUUCUAAUGAAAAAAAAAACAAAGCUAUUUUGAAGCCCAAUCCACGUUUUGUUGGAGAUAAACCUGUUCCUUAUUUGCAACCUGCAGCACCUGGUGUAAACAAUCAAGAGAUGCAAACUUACCAUAUGAACUACCCAUAUGAAAACAUGCAUGGCCCCCUCAAUUACGAAAAGAGAAUAAACACAGUAGGGAAUUAUUACCAAGGAAAUUACUUGAUGAAUGAACAAAGGGAUGUAGAUAAUAAUAUGAACAAUAAUAUUAUUAGUAACAGUAGUAAUAAUAAUAGCAAUAAUACUUAUAUGUCCAGCAAUAUGAGUAAUAAUUUUUUUAAUCCGCGAUAUUCAAAUAACUAUAACAUGCAACAAAAAAACAUAAAUUUCAAAAUGAAUAUGAACAAGUCAACUCCUCCACCAAAUUUUUUGAACACAAAUAGAUUUCCUAAUAAUAUGAACAAUAGUAACAAUUAUAUAUAUCAGAAAAGUAAAAUGAUGAAUGUUAAUAUUCCGAAAGCCCCAAACAAUGAUAGAAUUAAUCCACCAAUUUAUCCAAAGCAAAUUAAUAACAUGUUAAAUGUUAGGAGUCAACAAAACAUGAGCAGCAAUACCAUUGGUAGCUUGAGUAAUAAUAAUAAUAAUUUUAUUGAUACGAAGCAAAUCCAACAGCAUCUUUAUGGGCCCAAUGGAAAUAAACAGAAAAUAUUUAACCAAGGCCAAGUCCAUCCGGACAUACCAGCAAUAAGAACGCAGGCACCUUACAUCACUCAUCCGUUAAAUCAAAAUUUAUCAUCCCACCAUAAUAUACAAAAUGUUCAUCUUAAUAAUAAUAGUAGUAACACUCAUGAAAAAAUCAGUUUUACCAAUGAUUCAAAAAAUCUGGAAUUAUCUCAAGUACAAACGCAAUUUGUUCAAGGGAAGGACUACAACACCCCGAAUAUGGCUAACACGAAUAUGGCUAACACGAAUAUGGCUAACACGAAUAUGGCUAACACGAAUACAGCUAACACGAAUACAGCUAACACGAAUACAGCUAACCCUAAUGCAGAAGGAAACCAAAUUGUACAGUCUGAGAAUGCAGGGGAUAAUGCGAAUGCCAUUGUGAAGAUUCCCAAAAAGUGCCACUAUUUGCCCAACUGCCAAUACGGGGAUAAAUGUCGUUAUAUACAUCCCAUCGAAAACUGUAGAAAUUGGCCUUUCUGUGCCUUCGGAUCGGAGUGCAUAUAUAUUCAUCCAAAUGUCCCUUGCAAAUUUGGAAUGUACUGCGCCAAUUAUUACUGUAACUAUUCCCAUGACCAUGUGGACACAACGAACCUGCCGGAAAUAGGGACGAACGGAUACUUUUUGAACAAAAAAUUAAUAAACAGUAAUCAGAAAACGGUUGAUGGUAAUGCCAAUUUUGAUGACAAGGUGGCUCAAAUUUCAAUUAGCAUGCCCAAAACACCUCCGGAGAUGAGAAAGGAUAAAAAUAAAACAGAGUACAAUGAGAAUGAAUACAUCGAGAAUAUAAUAGAAAGUGAAAAAGCAGAUGAAAAGUAUGACGUAAAUAAUGAACAACAAAGUCAGAAUGAUUACAGAAUGGAAAUAAUAAGAGAACAGAAUCAAGAGAAUGGACAAGAAGUCCAUAACUUAAAGCAAAUUAGAGAAGAGAGCUUUAUUUUUCAAAAUAAUGAUGAAAAUACAAAUUAUUUUGCACAUGACAAUUUAGGGAAUGCAGUAGUAGAUACAAAGGAAAAUGAAGCAGUUGAUUAUAACUGUUUUGAUAUUGUAAUAGAUCCAGAGAAUUUAAAGGGGAAAAAUGUUUCAACUGAGUUGAACGAGGGAGAUCCCAUAAAUGGGGCUGGAAAUAAUUAA